AAGGGGGAGUUUAUGCUGUUUUAUUUUUAUAAACUUUAUCUAAGGUUAAAAAAAAUCGAGGGAUAUUUAAAGACCCACCCGUCAAACGUGAUAGCAACCAGGUAGGCUACUGCUGGAUUGGCAAGACCAGACCAUGUCUCCUCUCACACCUCCUCCCCUGCUGUGGUUAUGGCUGACCCCUAUCUGUCCCUCUGGGUAGCUGGGAAAGAUGCCCUAUCCCCAACGACCAAUCUCAUCCAGCAGGCCAACCAGGAGACUGAGAGGACAGGAUGGACUAGACUAGCAUCUAGAAGUUGCGUACGUCUCAGCCCUUCUCAGCUCUUACAACAACUACCUUCCAAACUCUAGAACUCUCCCAUUAGACUACACUACUCUGUGUUGCUGCUGUUCUGUUUUUAUCCCUCACAUUGCUACCAGGACUGUGCAGCUAGGCUUUAGGCUGGACUGUCUGUUAGAAUGCACAGGUCCAAGGGAGGGCCUGGCCCCCCACCCUUCCAGGACAUCUAUGAAUUCUCCACGGACGGUGACGAGACCGGGACCCAGAUAUUUCUGCGGGGCCCGAGGAUAGCCAUGGAGGGCCCAGGGGUGCCCCUGUCCCCUCACUCCGAAUAUAUCCAGACUGAGCACCAGCAAGGCGGUCUCUUCUCUCUCGGGCCCCCCGCCCAUGGAGUGCCCCACGCUGCCCCCCAGGGUAAGAAGAGGAGGCGGUGCGGCGUGUGUGCACCCUGUAUACAGAAGGAGAAUUGUGGCACCUGCAGCAACUGUAUGAACCGUAAGAUUGGGAAGCAGAUAUGUAAGCUGCGUAAAUGUGACCAGCUGAAGAAGAAGGGACAGAAGGACUGUGAGGUGGGACAUAUUGAGGACUACAGUAAAGCCUGGUCGGUAAAGCCCAGUCUGGCAACAGAGACUGUUUCGGACACUGGUUCAGUGGAUGGCCCCAGAAGAGGAGGCCAGAUGGAAACUGGGUCACAUGACCGCCUCGAAGAAGGCGGUUCGUUGAGCCUGGAACCGACCAAUGGGGUGAGCCGGCAACCCAGUGACACCAAUGAGGAGGGUGGAGCCGGCCUGGACACCCAGAGGGAGCCCCAUCGGUCAGGGAGUGUUCCCCCAGGACAGGGUUGGGUACCUGGGCAGGGCAAAGCCCCUCAACCCCAGAAGCAGCUGCCCUGCAGUGGCUGGAGCAGUAGUGGUAGGACUCCUGGGAAGCCUGUCCACGAGGCAGACAUGGAGGACGCACGCAAUCUGGUAGCCUUCUCAGCCAGCGUUAAUGUGGGCUCCCUGGCCCCCAUCCCCGAGGCCCAGUCCUACACCGCCCAGCUGUAUGAGAAGUUCAACCAGGAGAUGGGCACUGCUAAGGGGGCCGCGGCUCAAGCCAGGCUCCAAGCCCCAGAGGGAGGGGACCAGGCUAGCCCCCCAGAGGACUUGAACACCCUGCAGACCACCCUGAAGACCGCCCUGAGCCAAGCGAGGCACGGCCACAAGCCCCCAAACUGUGACUGUGAUGGGCCGGACUGCCCAGACUACUUGGAGUGGCUGGAAAAGAGGCUCAAACAGGCGGGGGCAGGGGAGGAGCAGGACAACAACACACCCUGUUCCAAGAUGGCCGCCGACACGCCGCCUCAUCAACAGCCACCACAUUCACAACAGCCCCCUCACCCCCACCACCGUCCUCACCCCCAUGUCAAUGGAGGUAACCCGCCCUCCUGUCCACCCCUUCACCCACACCAACAGGGCCAACGCCCAGGCUCUGUCCCCUGCUCACCUCAGGUCCUCUCCAUCGCCAAGGAGAAGAACGUCAGUCUGCAGACGGCCAUAGCCAUCGAGGCCCUGACCCAGCUGUCUGCCACCGUACCCCAGACUGUGGUCCCUCCUGCCCAGGCCUCCUCCACCAGCCACCAACAACCCCCUCUACACCCCCAGCACGGCAACCGCUUGCUCCCCUCCUCCCCCAGCCCCAUGUCCUCUUUGUCCUCCUCGCGGUCACAAUCUGUCCCCCCUGGACUGUACCCCAAGCAGAGCUCUGUGUCGUGGGAGCAGCAGCACAGACCCCAGUCCCAGGGUCAACCGGCCCACGCCUCCCCUCUCCCGUCCUCCACUUUGCUUUUCCCCGGGCAGACCCAGGCAGGCAGCCCCCACCCUCAGCAGUGGCAGCAGCAGCAGGCCCCUGGAGGAAUCCAAGAGCAGAGGAACCAGUGGAUGAUGAUGAACUCAGACUCCCAGCAGUCUCACUUCGCCCCUCCAUCCGGUGGCCACAGCGUUGGCGACCCCAUGUCCGAGCUCAAACAGUUACUGGGGGACUCCAGCGGAAAGUACAUAAAUGACCCCUUCAAGCUGCCUAUCCCACACCACCACAUCAAGCAGGAACCAGGGAUGCCUCAGGUCAAGCAGGAGGUCAACUCUGGGGAGUUCCAGAGCGCUGCCUGUGCCUACAUGGGCGGUCGCUACGGCCUGAUGAACGGCCAGCAGCAGCCUGGGUAUCCUGGUCCACCUCUCUCCGCGGGCAGCGCAGCCAUCCACUACUCCACCCAGACAGCCCUGCAGCAGCACCUUCACCACAAGAGGAACCUCUUCUCUAAUCCUCCCGUCCCCCCAGGCCUCUGCCCUCCACGGCCCACCCAGGCCUGCCAGAACCUCCGCAAGUGGUGGCCCCAACAGAUGGGCCCCGAGGGCCACCUCAUCCCUGUGGCCAUCAAGCAGGAGCCCAAGGAGCCCAAGAGGAGGAAGAGCACGGCGGGGACAUCGCCGCUCCUCAAGCAGCAACCAGGGAUGCUGCUCUAUCCAGGUCCAAAACCCAAGACGAUAGUCAUCAAGAAAACCAAGCAGAAGGCCUCCCUGCCAACCUUCCUGCCUCACAGCCAGAUCUCCAUACAGAAACCGUCUCCACUGAUCGGAGCCCUGCCUCUGGCCAGCGUCCAUUCAGGUUCUCUCCCUUUCCCUACCUUCCCCCUCCUCAGUAACCCCACUCAGGCUGCCGCAGGCCUCCCAACCCCGGCCCAAUCUCAGGUAUCCAUUUUAAACUCUUCUAUUGCACGCUCUGUCACUGCUCCUGCCUUCUCUGUAAACAGUCCAGCCGUCUCAACCCCUCUGCCUCUCCCUGCAGUCCCGGACGCCCCGGCUAGCUCAGGGGAGGCCGGCGCCACACAGACCUCCACCACCUCUCAGUCCAUACCAGGCCUCAGCUCCCUGGACCCCAAGUUUGAGGAGCUGAUCCUCCAGUUCGAGGCAGAGUUCGGGGACAGUUCAUCCUCGGCCCCAGUGCCCUGCCCUCCUCAGAUCCAGCCUCAGGACCAGUCCCCCUCAGCCUCAGCCCAGCCCGUGGUGAUAGAUUCUCAGCCCAACAUUACCUCAGGACAAGCCAGGCCCGCGUCACCGUCCAGCGCCGCCACCGCCACCCAGUCCUGCAGCCCCACUCCCUUAGCUUCUACAACAGCCCCACCAGCAGACCAGGACAUGGAGGUGGACACGGAGAAUGUGACAAGGGGUGUGAGUGAAGCAUCCUAUACCUCCGCCACACAGCCCUCCACUGAGAGCCCCAUGGAGGAGCAGCCCGAGGGGGCCCAGUUGCCUCUCUCGCUGCGCCAAGAGGCCCAUCUGGAGCAGCUGCAGCACCGCGUCCUUGAAGACCCCUUCACCGUGCCUCUCUCCCCCUCCGCGUCCCCGCUGCCCAAGCGCAUGAAGAUCGAGACCAAUGGGAACGUGGCUGUCCUCUCCACCACUGGAUCAUUCUCUGAGGGGGGCGAGGACGACACCCCCACUAAGGACGGCUUCCCCCUCAACCCCUCCCUAAAAGGCUUCCUGGAGUCGCCGCUACGCUACCUGGACACGCCCACUAAAAGUCUGCUAGACAUCCCCGCCAAGGACCUCCAGGCUGAGUUCCCCACCUGCGACUGUGUCGAGCAAAUCCUAGAGAAGGAUGAGGGUCCGUACUACAAUCACUUGGGCUCUGGGCCCACUGUGGCCUCCAUUCGAGACCUGAUGGAGACCAGGUAUGGAGAGAAGGGAGAUGCUAUCCGUAUUGAAAAGGUAGUCUACACCGGCCGGGAAGGCAAGAGCUCUCAGGGAUGUCCCAUCGCCAAGUGGGUGAUUCGUCGGGGCAGUGAGACAGAGAAGUUGCUGUGUCUGGUGCGUCCCCGGACGGGUCACCACUGUCCCAACGCCUUCAUCAUCAUCCUCAUCAUGGCGUGGGAGGGCGUGCCCCGGGCGCUAGGCGACAAGCUCUAUCGAGAGCUCUCCGCCAGCCUCACACAGUUCGGCAACCCCACUAGCCGCCGCUGUGGACUCAACGACGAUCGUACGUGCGCGUGCCAAGGCAAGGACCCCGACAGCUGUGGAGCUUCCUUCUCCUUCGGCUGUUCCUGGAGCAUGUACUUCAACGGCUGCAAGUACGCCCGCAGCAAAACACCACGCAAGUUCAGACUAACAGGAGACCACCCCCAAGAGGAGGAUCAACUCAGGGAUAACUUCCAGGAUCUGGCCACUGAGGUGGCUCCCCUGUACAAGCAGCUGGCCCCACAGGCAUACAGUAACCAGUGUCAGAAUGAGACGAAAGCCACAGACUGCAGGUUGGGUCUGAAGGAAGGCCGGCCGUUCUCCGGCGUCACCGCCUGCAUGGACUUCUGUGCCCACGCCCACAAGGACCAGCACAACCUCUACAACGGCUGCACCGUGGUGUGCACUCUGACUAAAGAGGACAACCGUAAGGUGGGGGAGAUCCCAGAGGACGAGCAGCUCCACGUACUUCCCCUCUACAAGGCCGCCCUCACAGACGAGUUCGGCAGCGAGGAGGGCCAGCGGCAAAAGAUGCGUACAGGCGCCAUUCAGGUGCUCAACAACUUCCGCCGCGAGGUCCGCAAGCUGCCCGAGCGCGCCAAGUCCUGCCGCCAGCGCCGCCUGGACGCUAAGAACCGUGCCUCCGAGAAGAAGAAGGGCAAGCAGCAGCCGCCAACGCCCACAGAGACGCCGGAGAAACCCGGGAUCAAGAUGGAGGUCCGGCACGCUGGCUCCCCUGUCAGACAGAAUGGCAAUAAAGCCAUCCCUAAGCAGGAGGUGAAGCCCACCAUAAAGAAGGAGCCAGUGGACCAGCGCUUCCAGCCCUUCCAUGGUCAGCUGGAGGGCUACCCUGCCCAGGCUGCAGACCCCUACCACGUCUACCCCUCCCACCCUGGCUACUACGCACAGGGAGGCCUCUCUUCCAAUGGCCAGCCCCCUGCACUUCCACCUCCACCAGGCCCUGUCAAUGGCUACCGCCCUAAUAUACCGGCAGCACUGCCCUAUGGCUACUACAACUACCCCCUCAACCCUAGCACACUUUUCCCCCAUGAGCUCACUUACGAGGGCUGCAACGGCUCCUGGCACCACAUGGGGCCCAAGUUUUCCCCCAGUCCUGUGGACAAGAAGCCAGACGUUCAGAGCCUCCAGGCGAGGCUGGCUCACUCCUACUCGAGCCCAGGCCACCUCGAGCAGCAGCAGCACGGAGACCCAGCCAACCAACACCAACGCAGCGCUUACCUACACCCUCACCAGCCUGACUACAACCAAUCACGUCCCUCCUCAGUCUCCUCAGAGCCCUCCCACAGAGGGACCCCCGUCAUCAAGCAGGAGCCCAUGGAUAUGCCAGUUUAUAAGGGGGUCAAUGCCCAGAGCUGUCCCGGCACGCCCAGCACCACCCCACAGCCUGGCGCUACUGGAGGGCCCUGGCAUGGGCACAAGUCCAACGGCAUUAGGGCGCCCAGCAGUUGGGAAGGCAACCUCCAACCACCAGGCCCCCCGGAGGCUCCCUUCACUUCAGACAAGCAGCAGUUCCACCAGCAGGGACCUCAGCAGACUUUCCCGUCCCCAUACCCCCAAGAGCAGCAUCAGCAUCCCCCACAACAGCCCUCCCCAUACUCCCAGCAGUGGAACUCUUACCAUGGCCCAAACACCCCCACAUCCUCCCCUGCACCCUCCCCGUCCCCCUCCAUAAAGAUACCCCCGUCCCCCUUUCCCUCCUCACACCCCGGCACCCCCCGCCACUGGGACAGCCCUGAUUCCAGCCCUCAGCCUAAGGCUUGGCCCAUGGGCAUGGUUCCUGCUGGUUACAGCCCCAGUCCCACCGGAGGCUUCCCCGACACGAUGUGGUCCAAGGCGGGCGAGAGUUGGGGCUCGACCCCCUUGGGGCUCCAGGAGAAGGCCUGGAAGUCUUCCGGAGGCUCUAUGGCAGGUACACCGUCCCCGGCCCCAGAGGGACGCUUGUUCCCCGAUGCCCUACAGCAGUCGGAUGGACAGUCCCAGGCUGAGACUCCUCGCAACCUCGAAGAGGAAGAGCGGUGGUCAGACAGCGAGCAUAACUUCUUGGACCCCAGCAUCGGAGGGGUGGCGGUGGCGCCCGCCCACGGGUCCAUCCUGAUUGAGUGCGCCCGGCGCGAGCUGCACGCCACCACACCGCUCAAGAGGCCCGACCGCUCUCACCCCACCCGCAUUUCCCUGGUGUUCUACCAGCACAAGAACAUGAACCAGCCGUGCCACGGCCAGUGGAUCUGGGAGGCCAAGAUGAAGAUGCUGGCGGAGCGGGCUAGAGAGAGGCAGCAGGAGGCAGCUCUACUGGGGCUGCCCUACGAGGACAUCAAACAUGGGAAGAAACGCAAAUUGGGGGCCACGGCAGCAGGGGCCAGCCCGGGGCCUGGCCAGACCACGGACAAGAGAGAGGGGCCGGUGACGCGGCUGGCCCCCACGCGACACACCACCUCUACCGUCACUGUAUCCCCCUACGCCUUUACCACCCUCACCGGGCCCUACAGCCACUUUGUGUGAGGAUGGAUGGACACACAGACACAGACUGGUGGAGGGAGAGAGGGCUGAGCAGGCCAGGGAGGAGUGUCUCAGCCCUUCCUUUAGUCCUGUGUCUCUCUCCAUCCAUCUCUUCCUGCUCUGUGUCCUCUGGGCUAGACGGAGGGGGACUACUGGUUUAACCCCUCGUUUUGUUUGUUUUUUACCUCAUGUCAGGCAGCAGUUUGGACCAAACCCUGGACCAUACAGACACACUGCCUGUGGUGCUCGUCCUCUUUCCUCCGCGGGGGGACUCCAUCGCUUCUCCUUCUUCAUAGAAUUUUAAUGAUCCUCCUAAUUAUCACUAUUAUUAUCAAUAUUAUUACGAUUGCUAUUGUUACUGUCAAUGUUGUUAUUACAGGUAUUGUUAUUUUUAUGAUGCUGAGUUGAUUAGUUUUUUUUUGCUGAUAUGGUUGUUUUGUCAUUAAUGUUGUUAUUAAUGAUGUGAUUGGUUUUGGUUUUGUCUUUGACCGAGGGGGUUCUGUCUCUCAGUCGGAUCUUUCUUUUUUUCCCAUAUUUCUGGAAAUCUGCCCAUUUCUUUGUUGUUUUUCCUUUGGCCUUUGACAUCCUUGUGACUGUAUUUGGAGAAUGGCCUUUCUCAGCACUGCAUGGCUCCUCAAGACAGCCUUUCCAGCAUAGAACUCUAAACAUUUUGAAUCACUAAUCAUUACCAAAAGAGUGAAGAGAAGCGCCACCAACCACAGAAACUUCUCGGAACCAUCCGUUUUUUUAGCAACGUCCCCAAACUCAUGCCUUUUAAAAAAAAA